AUGGGGAGUGAAAUAACUGGGACCCAGCAGCUGGGAGCAGGUCUGUAUCAUUCCAGGGAGAGAGGAAUGAACACUUUCCUGUUCCGCCCUCACUGCGGAGAGGCUGGCGCUAUCACUCAUCUACUUGCAGCAUUCAUGACAGCAGACAAUAUCUCUCAUGGAUUGAACUUGAAAAAGAGUCCCGUGCUGCAAUACCUGUACCUUUUGGCGAAAAUCCCCAUUGCCAUGUCACCCCUGAGUAAUAACAGCCUGUUUCUGGAAUAUGCUAAGAACCCAUUGCUGGAUUUCCAUGAAAAAGGCCUGGUAAUAUCUUUGUCUACAGAUGAUCCUAUGCAGUUCCAUUACACCAAGGAGCCUCUUAUGGAAGAAUAUGCCAUUGCUGCCCAAGUUUUCAAGCUCAGCACCUGUGACAUGUGUGAGAUUGCAAGGAACAGUGUUCUGCAGUGUGGAUUGUCCAAAGAGGAGAAGCAGCAUUGUCUUGGGGAAGACUAUCACAUGGAAGGGCCACAAGGCAAUGAUAUCCGCAAGACUAAUGUGGCCCAGAUAAGGAUGGCUUACAGAUAUGAAACCUGGUGUUAUGAGCUCCAUCUCAUCCUACAGGCUUUAAAAACAGCCGAGUAAAGAAUACUACAGGCAGUCUACACAAGUUUUAACCUCAUGGGCCAUUACUGAAGAAACUUCAAGCAAGUUUGAAUCCCCCUGUAGGUGCCAUGUUAAAAUCCUACACAGAAUUUAUAUACGACAAAAGUGUUCAUCCUAACAUUAUUGCUGUUAAAGUGCUUUUUAGCAGAUAUGCUCAUUUAGUUGUUUACCUCAUGUAUAUCUUCUCCGUGCUUUUUUUUUGGGCCUCUACUGACUCAUUUUCACCAUGUAAACAAACCUCUCUGUUUGAAGCAUUUCCUGUUGCUGGAUCCAACCUCUCGUUUGUCUGCUACGGCUCUGGCACUGCCCCUAAAAACACCCAACUGCCCC